UUUAAAUUUUUAUUUAAGAAAUGCAUCCCGGAGCCGACAACAAAAACUCCUGAGUGGUCACGCUUGACGAGCUGCAGCGCAUCAAAGACAGCUGCUCCAUGAUGAGCGCCACCCAGAACAGCAUGAGGAAGACGAACGCCAGGGUGACUCUGCAUGACAAGUCGCAGCAGAGAGUGAAGAACUGGCCGAACACAAUCCAGGCUCUGCGCAAGAAGAAGGACGAAGACAGGAUCAAACGCCUCGAAGAAGAAGAAAUCCAGAGGAGGAAAAUCGAAGCCGAAGAAGAAGCUCUGCAGAUGGACCUCAAGAACCAGACCAUCGAGGCUGCCAACAAAGCCAUCUAUGAGUCCCAGGACCGAGUGAAGGCGUUUAAGUCGAAGAUGAUGGUCUGUGACAUGACGGAGGAGAGGAAGCAGCAGGACAAACUCCGCAGGAAGAAGCAGAAAAUGGAACAGCAAAUCAACCAGCAGUGGGAAGACCUUGAGAAGCAACAGUUGGCAGAGCAGGAUGAGAAGAUUAAAGCUGAUCUUGAAAAAGAAUAUAAAAAGAAAAUGAGAAAUGCAUCAGAUAUUAAUAAACAGAUGGAAGAUUUCAAAAUGAAUUAUAUCAAACAACUUCAGGAAGAAAUGCUCGAAGGAGAACUUCUCAAAAAGCAAGUUGAAGAUGACAUUGAAAAUGAGAGACAAAAGGAACUUCAAAGAAUAAAAAGAAGCAAAGAGCUUCAAGAGGAACAAAGAAGAGCUAACGAAUAUAUUAAAGAAGUUGGCGAACAAAACAGACAAAAAGAAUUAGCUGAGGAGAAAAAGAUUGAAGAAUUUGCAAAGAAAAAGGAAAGACUUGACCAAUUAAGAAAAGACAAGGAAGAACAAAAAUUUAAAGAAAAACAGGCCGAAAGACAAAGAUUAAUCGACAGACAAAUAGAAUACUUACAAAAUAAGGUAAAUAAUGAAGAUAGAAUCCUUAAUAAACAAGUUAACGAGGCUGAAGAGAAAGCAGCCAGGCAAUAUGAAGAACAAGAACAACGUAAACAAGCAAUGAAGGAUGCGAUCGAAAGGAAAAAGGCAGAAAAAGAUGCAGAGAAAAGAGAAGAAGAAGAAUUCAAAGAUUACUGGAAGGUCAGAAACACAGAGCUUCAAGAAGCAGAAGCUAUGGAGAAGGAAGAGGAAAGACUUCGUAACCAAGAGCUUGCAAAUUAUCUCAAGACUCAGUCUGAUAUUAAAGCUAGAAUAGCAGAGGAUGAGUUUAAAAAGGAACAAAGAGCUGCAACAAAAGCACAAGCUUUGCUUGAUCAACAAGAGAAGCAUUUCUACUCUUAUGCUGAAAAGGCUAUUGCUGACUGGAAAGCUGAGGGUAAAAAUGUGACUCCUCUGAUUCUCGAAUUAAAAUCCCAGGCUAAGCAGAGCCAUACCUUAGGAUAAUCCCAAGCCUAUAGAGAUGCCUAUAUAACGAAUCCCAAUUAUUUUCA